AUGUCAGCGGAACUGGAACACCAGCGUAACUUGCUGCGAUAUUCUAGUUUUAGCAAGCUGGUUGACCAUCUAGAGACCACCCUUCUAGCUGACCUGCCAAACUUGAACUUGCCCGAUUACCAAAUUCUGAACUUAAUUCUUACAGCGACAACUCUUCCUCCACAAACAACCCCAGAUUUACGAUACCUAGACGAUGGAAGCUCAAAAAGGCCAUUGCAUUUACGCUGUCAGGAUCUUAUUAGGCAACUGAUGGAUAUUCUCAUGUUGGAUUCGCAACCAGUCGAUACGUUCUUUGGUCCAGAGCUUCCUUCCGCAGAGGCUUACGAUAGUCUGCGGUCAUUGCUCUAUCAGCUUUUUGAAUUUCUCACUUAUAAUGAUGCUGGUCUCACACGGUCAGUACGCCGCAGAGCAGAGAACAGGAGUAGCGAUUCUCGUUUUGAACCUCUUCCAAACAGAAAUUCAGCUACACUUUACGGCCUCAGCACCAAUGAAGAUAAACACAAAGACCAACUACUGACAAACAAGAAUUUUAACAGGGUGCACCUCAGCUCGUGGGAGUUUUUUCGAUGGGGUUUUAAGUGUGCGGAUCGCCAGGACGAGAAGCCUUAUUUUGUUAGCUGGCGAAUUUGGAAGAAUCUGUUGCAUUUGUUUUUAGACUUUUACUGGUACGACUUUGAACGACACGAAUACUCUGGUGACUCAAAUGGCCGACUGGAGAACAUUAAAACAACGCUCAUCCACCAAGCGAUAUUCGCUUUGAAUGGACAUACCAUGAAAGCUGCCUCAGCAGAGUUGGUAGACAUAGCGUUUACCUCAAAGGAUUCUUUUUCUGCUCCUAUCUUUGACAACGAGUUGAGACUUCUCAAAACAGCUGUGGUACCUGAUGAAACCAAGCUUGAUGACGAUCCGUCAGACUCGAUACCUCUUAGACGCUCGCUACUUUGUUUGUGCUACUGCGUCUUGAAACAACUGCCCAAAGGUCAAUCCGAGAAGCUGAUUGAGGAGUUUGCGCUGGAUGUAGGGGAGAAAUUGAUAUUACGUGACAAUUCUGAUGUACUUGAAUUCUUUGCCACUUCCAACCCUGCGCAUGAUGAAAUGCUAUUGAUUAUUAGCGUUACUCUUAUGCAACAGAUUACACAUGAUGAUGUGGAUUAUGCCGAACCCUACUCCUGGUUUUUCAACUCUGCUUCGAUUGAUGAUUCAUUUUUGAGCUUUAUACUUACAGCAGAACCAGAUUUUGUUAAACACAGGACACCUAAUAGAUUACUGGCUCAUCGUUCUCGCCUUGAGCUGAUGAACCUCCUAAUAAAUUUCCAGCUCUCAUUGUGGGUAAAAAAUAACUGGUAUAACUUGCCAGAGCAAAGAAAGAGAGAUACGGCAACGAAGAUAUUGUAUGCCCUGGGAACGAUGGACGACAACCGGGUGCAGAGCAUUAAAGAAGUCUAUAAAGAAUGCAAGCUCAGGAAUCUUGUUACCAAGACAGAGACAGAGAAAUAUCGCGAUGGGAGCUUGUUUUUGACAAAACUACAAGACAUUUAUAGAAUCAAAUUAGUGUAA